AUGCUUCGAACCACGGCUUUGCCUCGCGGCCUACAUGGCAUUAAGAGACCAGUCUCUGCAGGCACGAUACUCACUCGCCGCCUAGCCAGCUCCGACCAGUCUGCAUCGCAGAGUGAGCCGAGCAGCGAGGCACCCAGGAAUCCCGUGAAGGAAGAAGCCUCACCACCAAAGGCGCCGGCUGGAGACAAGCAUCACAAGUCAAUGGCCGAGAAGGAUGAGGAGCUGCGACUGAAGAUGUCCGGUCUGGCUGGGGACGGCGGUGAAAGCGGCGUCGAGUACGAAGACGGUCAGCCGGUUGCCAUGAAGCGAAAUGUGAAGAACAACAUGUUUCGGUAUAUCUGA